AUGUGCCCCCAGGAGAGUUCCUUCCAACCCUCCCAGUUCCUCCUGCUGGUGGGGGUCCCCGUGGCCAGUGGCCUCCUUCUGCUAAAGUGUCUUCAUUGGCAUUGUUCUCGGUGGCUGCCGGGAGCCUGCUGGAAGCCAGAUGGUCAAGAGGAUCCAGUGUCACAGUCCACCCAACUGCCAAAAUACGAGGUCCGAAGAGAGUGCCCACCCCCCACACUGCCCGAGGCAGCCGCCUUCUACCAAGAGCUACACACGCCCACGCACGGCCACACGGUCACUCGCCAGCUGAUGCACAAGCUUCUGGUAUUUUCUGCCCGGGAGGUCGAUCACCGCGGAGGUGGCCUGAUCCUCCAGGACACCGGCAUCUCCCUGCUCAUCCCUCCAGGUGCUGUGGCUGUGGGUCGCCAGGAGCGGGUGUCACUGAUCCUGGUGUGGGACCUGACAGAUGCUCCGGCACUGUCUCGGUCCCAGGGGCUGGUGAGUCCUGUGGUGGCCUGUGGCCCCCACGGGGCCUCCUUCCUGAAGCCCUGCACCCUCACAUUCAAGCACUGCGCCCAGCAGCCCCGCCAUGUCCGCACCUACAGCAGCAACACGAGCCUGCUGGAUGCCAAGAACUGGAGGCCCCUGGGCCGGGCGGGGAGCCACAGCUCCCGGGACGAGUGUCGCAUCCUGCUCUCCCACUUCAGUCUCUACACCUGUGUGCUGGAGGCGCCUGUUGGCCAGGCCCCCCGCAAAUGGCUGCAGCUGGCUGUGUUCUGUUCCCCACUGGCGCCUGGGCAGACGCACCUGCAGCUGCGGGUCUACUUCCUGAACAAUACGCCCUGUGCCCUGCAGUGGGCCGUGACCAAUGAGAAGCCUCACGGUGGGCGUCUGCGCGGGCCCUGCCAGCUCUUUGACUUCACGGGGGCCAGGGGCGACCAGUGCCUGAAGCUCAAGUAUAUCUCUGAGGGUUGGGAAAAUGUGGAUGACAGCAGUUGCCAGCUGGUUCCCCAUCUCCACAUCUGGCAUGGAAAGUGCCCCUUCCGCUCCUUCUGCUUCCGGAGAAAAGCGGCCAAUGACAGCGAAGACUGCUCGGCACUCACAAAUGAGAUCAUUGUCACCAUGCACACCUUCCAGGACGGUUUGGAAACCAAGUACAUGGAAAUCCUCAGAUUCCAGGCCUCAGAGGAGGAGUCCUGGGCCACGCCACCCCCAGUCUCCCAGCCCCCACCUUGUAAUAGGCUGCCCCAAGAGCUCUUUGAGCAGCUACAGAUGUUGCUGGAGCCAUACAGCGUCACGGGGAAUGACUGGCGCCGGCUAGCAUCCCACCUGGGGCUCUGUGGCAUGAAGAUUCGGUUCCUGUCCUGCCAGCGCAGCCCCGCGGCGGCCAUCCUGGAGCUGUUCGAGGAGCAGAACGGCAGCCUGCAGGAGCUGCACGACCUCCUGGCGGCCAUGGAGCGGCUGGACUGCGCCUCGGUCGUGCAGAGCUACCUGGGUGGGACGCCCGGCGGAGGCGGCGCCCGGGAGAACCGGGGCCUGGAGCUGGACGAGAAGCUCUGA